AUCGUGACGCUUUAACCGACACGCGCCUUUCCUGAUCAGUUGAGACAGACAUCACAUUUUUGGAGACCGCUCGGAACAGUAGCAGUGGGAGGGGGGAUGAAGAAUAUCUGCACAUCGCGACUACCAGUCCAUAUACACACUUUGCACAUUUCCAUUUUGAGAAUUUGAAAGAGAUCCACGAGUCUUUCGUUGCACACCAAAAUGGCGGAGGAGAUAGUCCUAUACUACUUCGACGCGAGGGGCAAAGCCGAGCUGAUUCGGCUGAUCUUCGCCUACCUGGGCAUCAAGUACACAGACAAGCGCUUUGGCGAAAAUGGAGACGCCUUCAUCGAGUUUAAGAACUUCAAAAAGGAAAAGGAAACCCCCUUUAACCAAGUCCCCAUACUAGAAAUGGACAACAUAAUAUUUGCACAAAGUCAAGCCAUAGUAAGGUAUCUAUCAAAGAAGUACAAAAUAAGUGGGAAUAGUGAGCUGAACGAAUUUUACGCAGACAUGAUUUUUUGUGGAGUACAAGAUAUACAUUAUAAAUUUAACAACACAAAUUUGUUUAAGCAGAAUGAGACUACCUUUCUUAAUGAGGAGUUGCCUAAAUGGUCAGGUUAUUUUGAGAACAUUUUGAAAAAAAACAACUGCAAUUAUUUCGUUGGCGAUGAUUUAACGUACGCCGAUUUGGCUGUUUUUUAUUUAUAUGAUGACAUCGAAACAAAGUACCCAAACAGCUUAAAAAAUUUUCCGCUGCUGAAGGCCCAUAACGAGUUUAUUAGCAACUUGCCCAACAUUAAAAAUUAUAUUAGCAACAGGAAGGAGAGCGUCUACUAA